AAAUUUAUAUUUUAAGUGAAAGGGAAAUAAAUUGGUGGGAAGGGGGAAAAUAACGGUGCUCCCCGCAGAUUCUCAUCCUAUGCUCUUGAAAUGCUGGCUUCCUUCCAUCACCACCGUCCAUUACAAACGGCUGCUAUCUGUUGGGUCGUUCCUCUUUCGGGUCGACUCGUCAUGUCUUCCUCCCUGUCGACUCAGACACUCGGUGUCCAUUCUUAUAUCGCCGAGACCUCUUUCCGUCCAUUCAUUUUGCUCCGAUAUUCUCAGACUCUCGGCCAAAAGGCGUCUCCUUUACGGAGGAAAACAAGUGCAUGCGCACAUAAUAAAGUUGGGAUUGUAUGGGGUGCUGUCUUUGCAGAAUCAAAUAUUGAAUUUUUAUGUCAAAUGUCGGGGGUUUCGUGACGCAGAUAGAUUAUUUGAUGAAAUGCGUGUGAGAAAUGUGGUCACUUGGAAUACGGUGAUUUCUGGGGUUGUUGAUUGCGGUAGGGACUUGAAGUCUAGUAUUUACAUGAGUUUUGCUUAUUUUAAAAGGAUGUUAUUGAACAAGGUGGGUUUAGAUCAGGUAACCUUUAAUGGUUUGUUGCGUGGUUGCAUCGAGCUGAAUGAUAUUGUGAUUGGUAGACAAUUGCAUUGUUGUGUAGAGAAAUUGGGAUUUUGUUCAGAUUGUUUUGUCGGCAGUGCUCUGGUUGAUUUGUAUGGGAAAUGUGGUUUAAUGGAAGAAGCAAGGUGGGUUUUUGAUAAAGUUUUGUUUAGAGAUUUGGUGUUAUGGAAUGUCAUGGUUUCUAGCUAUGCUUUUAAUUUGUUAGCGAAUGAGGCUUUUGAAAUUUUUAGCUUGAUGAAGUUGGAAGGUGUCAAGGGAGAUGAUUUUACUUUUUGUUCUCUGCUUAAUGCAUGUGGGACUUCGGGAUCUUAUCAACUGGGGAAGCAGCUUCAUGGUCUUAUUGUCAAACUAUCUUUUGAUUUGGAUCUUCUUGUGGCAAGUGCACUGCUUGACAUGUAUGGAAAGAAUGCAGAUAUAAAUGAUGCUCGCCAGGCUUUUGAUGGCAUGGCUGCUAGGAAUGUUGUGUCCUGGAACACCAUGAUUGUGGGUUAUGGGCAACAUGGAGAUGGAGAGGAGGUUGUGCGACUUUUCAGGGCAAUGUUGCUUCAGAACUUUUGUCCAGAUGAACUAACCAUGGCCAGUAUACUCAGCUCAUGUGGCAACUUAAGCACUACCAGUGAAAUUGUGCAAGCACAUGCAUACGUGGUUAAAAAUGGGUUUGAUUCUUUUAUAUCAAUCUCCAACGCUUUGAUAAAUGCAUACUCCAAAUGCGGUAGGAUUAACUGUGCAUUUCAAUGUUUUAUCUCAGUUACUGAGCCUGACCUUAUUACGUAUACAUCAAUUAUAAAUGCUUACGCAUCCCAUGGUCUUGCAAAAGAAAGUACUAAGAUUUUUGAGAAGGUGUUAUCAAGCAGGGUAAGGCCAGAUCAAAUUGCCUUUCUUGGGAUUCUCUCUGCGUGCAGCCAUGGGGGGCUUGUUAAUGAGGGGCUUUAUUAUUUCAAUUUAAUGACUGACAACUAUCAUCUUGCACCAGAUUCAAAGCAUUAUACUUGUAUCGUUGAUCUGCUUGGUCGAGCUGGGCUCCUGGAUGAGGCUUUUGAUGUUAUAACAUCAAUGCCCAUUGAAACCACAUCAGACACCUUGGGAGCAUUCUUAGGGGCAUGUAGCAUACAUGGCAAUGUAAGGUUGGCAAAAUGGGCUUCAGAAAAGCUUCUUACUUUGGAACCUGACAAGCCUGUGAAUUACACUCUUCUUUCCAACAUGUAUGCGUCUAGAGGGCAUUGGUUUGAUGUGGCAAGCACACGCAAAAUGAUGAGGAACAACUGUGAUUAUAAACUUCCUGGUUGCAGCUGGAUGGAGAUUGCUAGUGACGUUCAUGUGUUUGCAUCAAAUGACAAAUCUCAUCCUCAUACUUCUGAUAUCUAUGCUAUGCUGGGAACAUUGAUUGGUCCAAUGAACCAGGAACAUAGCGCUUUCAUUUCCAGCUACACAAUUUGUAGCCGUCUGGAUGAACAUGCUCUUUAAAAUUCCCAGCCAAAUACCUAGCUUUUUCUUUGAGAAUGCACACCUCAUUACGUGGACUCUUCUGACUUGAAAACAGCUACUUGUUUGGGGUACUGAUUGGAAGAUUUGCUUAAAAGUCUGGCAACUUACAACUAACUAGAGAACUCUACCAAAUCGUCUCCAAGAGCAGAUGGAAUAUAAUUGAUUUAAUCCA